AGAGUGUGGCUUGGGGACCAGGGUUUUGGCACUAAUGAAACGUAGAAGAAUGAGUAUAGAAGAGAUUUCUUAGCCUAUGGGAGACUAUAUGACAUAUUCUGAUUUUAGCUUGAUAAGAACUAUGGUGUAGAUGAAACAGAUGGAAAUAAACUCUCUGCUUCUUGAUGCUCUGUAGGCAAAGGACAUGGAGAUAAGAAACAGCACAGUAGUGACAGAAUUCAUCCUUCUUGGUCUUACCCAGUCUCAAGAUAUUCAGCUCCUGGUCUUUGUUCUGAUCUUAAUUUUCUACCUUAUCAUCCUCCCUGGAAAUUUCCUCAUCAUCCUCACCAUUCAAUCAGAUCCUAGUCUCUCAGCCCCACUCUACUUCUUCCUGGGAAACCUAGCCUUCCUAGAUGUAUCCUACUCCUUCAUUGUGGCUCCUAGGAUGCUGGCAGACUUCCUCUCUGAGAAGAAGGUGAUCUCCUACAGAAGCUGCAUCACUCAGCUCUUCUUUUUGCAUGCACUUGGAGGAGGAGAGGAGUUACUUCUUGUAGUGAUGGCAUUUGACCGCUACAUCGCCAUAUGUCGACCUUUACACUACUCAACUGUCAUGAGCCCCAGAACCUGCUAUGCAUUACUGAUGGCCUUGUGGUUUGGGGGCUUUGUCCACUCCAUUAUCCAGGUAGCGCUCAUCCUCCGUUUGCCCUUCUGUGGCCCAAAUCAGUUGGAUAACUUUUUCUGUGAUGUCCCGCAGGUCAUCAAGCUAGCCUGCACCGACACCUUUGUGGAAGAGCUCCUUAUGGUCUUCAAUAGUGGCUUACUCACACUCCUGUGUUUCCUAGGCCUUCUGGUCUCCUAUGCAGUCAUCCUCUUCCAUGUGCAUAGGUCUUCUUCUGAAGGAAAGAGCAAGGCUCUGUCCACAUGCACAACUCACGUAAUUAUUAUAUUUCUCAUGUUUGGACCUGCCAUCUUCAUCUACACUCGCCCUUUCAGGGCCUUACCAGCUGACAAGGUGGUUUCCUUCUUUCACACAGUGAUCUUUCCUUCGAUGAAUCCUGUGAUUUAUACCCUUCGAAACCAGAAAGUGAAAUCUUCCAUGAGGAGGUUAUUGACUAGAUAUGUAGUCCUUUAA